GAAAAUCGGGAUGGCCAGAAAGGGUUUUACUCUUAAAGGAAAUAAUUCAACAAACAAGCCGUUGUUAUACUUACGACAUUCCAUUCCAUGACGCGAGACACUAUUCUGCUAGGAAAAUUGGUUUCAGAUGGUUUAUACAGAGAAGCUCUCAACCUCUUCUCGAAGCUGCACUCUUGUUCUUCCCGCACCCCACUCUCCUUCUUCACAUUCCCGCCACUCUUCAAAGCAUGUGCCAACCUCUCUUCACCUUCCCACUCUCAAAUCCUCCAUGCCCAUCUCCUCAAAACCGGUUUCCAAUCAUGCCUUUACGCCUCCACCGCCCUUACCGCUGCCUAUGCCUCGAAAGCCAUGUUCUUACCCGAUGCUCUCAAGGUGCUCGACGAAAUGCCGCAACGGAAUGUUGCAUGUUUCAAUGCGGUGCUUUCUGGACUCUCGCGAAAUGGACCUCCAGGGGAGGCUCUGAGGGUGUUCCGGCGAAUUGGGUUCUGGGCCUUGAGGCCCAGCUCCAUCACCGUCUCGUGUUUGCUCUCUGAUUGUGGUAUGUGGAGCCAUGUCGUUCAGGUGAAUUGCUUGGCGGUGAAGCUGGGAGUUGAGUUUGAUAUUUAUGUUGCCAAUUCGCUCGUCACUGCGUAUUCAAAUUGUGGUGAUGUUGUUUCUGCGGGUGAGGUGUUUGAGAAAAUGCCUCUGAAGAGUGUGGUGAGUUAUAACGCUUUUGUUUCUGGGUUGUUGCAAAAUGGGGUUCCUCGUUUGGUUUUGGACGUGUUUAAGGACAUGAUGAUGGAGGGGUUUUUAAAGGUUAAACCCAAUUCUGUUACUUUGGUGUCUGCGCUCUCUGCUUGUGCUACCUUGUUGUAUGCUUGUUUUGGUAGGCAGGUUCAUGGGCUUGCUUUAAAAUUUGCCUCAUAUGAUGAAGUUAUGUUGGUUACUGCACUUGUGGACAUGUAUUCUAAGUGUGGUUGUUGGCAUGCUGCUUUCGAUGUCUUCAAUGCAGCUGAAAGAAACAAUAGGAACUUGAUCACUUGGAACUCCAUGAUUUCUGGGAUGAUGCUGAAUGCACAGUGUGAUAUGGCUGUUGGUUUAUUUGAGAAAAUGGCGUCAGAAGGAUUGCAAGCCGAUUCGGCGACUUGGAACACCAUGAUCAGUGGAUUUGCACAAGAAGGGGGGUGUGUUGAAGCUUUUAAGUACUUCAGGGAAAUGCAAUCUAAUGGGGUGGCUCCAUGUUUGAAGACACUCACUAGUCUUUUGUCAGCGUUUGCAGAUUCAUCUGCAUUAGGACAUGGAAAAGGGAUACAUGGGUAUGCUAUAAGAGGUGAUAUUGAUAGGGAUGAUUUUCUAGCAACUGCUUUAGUUGACUUGUACAUGAAAUGUGGCCGUGCUUCUUUGGCACGAGGAGUUUUUGACCUAUUUGAUACAAAACCAAAUGACCCGGCUUUUUGGAAUGCGAUGAUAGGAGGGUAUGGAAGAAAUGGAGACUAUGAAUCAGCCUUUGAAAUCUUUGAUAGAAUGCUACAAGAAAAAGUUGAACCAAACAGUGCAACAUUUGUUAGUGUCCUAUCUUCUUGCAGCCACACAGGUCAGGUAGAUAGAGGAUUACAAAUUUUCAAAAUGAUGAAAAAACAGUAUGGUUUGCUGCCAAAGCCUGAGCAUUUUGGUUGCAUGGUUGACCUUCUAGGUCGGUCCGGCCGGUUGGACGAAGCUCGAGAAUUAUUGCAAGAAUUGGUCGAGCCACCUGCAUCUGUUUAUGAUUCUUUGCUUGGUGCAUGUAAGAGCUACUUGGAUUCUGAUCUUGGUGAAGAAAUGGCUAUGAAGCUUCUAGAUAUAGUACCAGAAAAACCAGCUCCUUUGGUGGUCUUGUCUAACAUUUAUGCUGGAUUAGGGAGAUGGCACGAGGUCGAAAGGAUAAGAGGGAUAAUCACCAAUAAAGGAUUGGACAAAAUCUCUGGCUUUAGUAUGAUUGAUGUUGCAUGA